AUGGCCAUGAGACCGGAUGACCCCACUAGUGGCUUUCACCAUGACAACGUCUUGGCUUUUAUCAACGAGCAGAUGGCAAGGCACCCUAAAGGGCCCGAGUUCUAUCAUGAAAACCUGUCUUUGUCUUGGGAAGAGAUAGAGGACAAAUUCAGGGCCAUCUUAGAGGAUCGCACGGUGCCCAGAGAGGUCCAGGAAGCCUGUGCCUGGAGCAGCCUGGCCUUGGGCGUGCGCUUCGCUCGCAGGCAGGGUUAUUUACAUGGGCGCCGGGUGCAGUGGCUGCACAACUUUGCUAGACUGCACAAGUCGGCAGCCAACGCCUUGGCCUCAGACCUGAAGCAGCUCUCCGAGCAACAAGAUAUGGAGCGCAGAGAGGCCGCAUUCCAGCUGCGAGUGAUACAGACCAAACUGGCAGAGGUGCAGAAAGAACGUGACAUGCUGAGGUGGAAGCUCCUCCGAGCAGAACUGAGUGCACUCCCAAUGGCAGAGGGGCCAGGCCUGGGCAAUACCAAGACCAUGGCCAUGGCUGCUGCCUCUGUCAUUGGUGGAGGGGAUGGAACCUUUAUACAUCCAGCAAAUGAGAAGGAAGAGAUGGCAGUGAUGGAAAUUCCUAGGACAAAUGUUCAGGAACCAAAAGCAGGCGAUGCACCAGCAAUGAUGGUGGCAACAGACGCCACACAGGAGCCAGAAGGAAGCUUCCAGCAGCUACUGGGAGCUAUGGAGUGGAAAAAUUACUCUCUGGGUGGGCAGAGGGAGGGAAUUGUCAAAUCCCCUGAAAAAGCUACCUUUUCUCACCUGGGAACCCAACAGGGCACAGCCUCCCCUGAGCUCCUUUCCGUCCAGCUCCCUGACUCAUUCACAUACUCCUAUGAAUGCCCCUUCCCAGUCAUGUCCACCCCAUCUCCUCCAUCAACCAGGGGCAUAGUACCUUUACCUCCAGUGCCUUCCUAUUGCCUGACUUCUGAUUUUAAUCUGCUUUCUGAUGUGGGGGCUACAGGAAUUGACAUUCAAGAACUCCAAAAGGACAAGACAGACAAUGAAACCCAGGAAGAGCGAAAACUUCCCCUAUUUCACCAGCCUGGGGACUGGGAUUGUCCAUGGUGUAAAGCAGUGAAUUUUUCAGAGAGAGAAAGCUGCAUCCGCUGUGGGAAGGGCAUCUGGCUGCAAAGCCCUUAG